AUUUGCAUACAGCCGUGCUCAGUCUGAAUACAGACCCCGAUGUCGUGUUUUUCCAUUCUUGGCUUUUCCUGUCAACUUUUCCCGCUGUGGCUGUGUAGCUCGCCUCGAGAGGAACACGGACAAAUAGCACUCAGAAGAAGACAAGACGUCGGACUAAACGGCCAGUGACACAUUUAUCUGUGGGACAUGGAAUAAAAUCAACUUUCCGUAAAGGGAGCCUCGCUGGGGAGCCGGGCUGUUAUAUAAGAGCAGAGGACGGUCUGUUUUAAAGUCGCGGCCGAUUGAAUCCGACGUUGUUCUCGAAGCGAACAGCGCGGACAGAGGGAGAGAGAGGGAGAGAGAGGGGGAUUAGAGAGAGAGAGAGAGAGAGAGAGAGUUUAGCACAGAGCUGCGCUGGAAGCUCGGAGUUGGCUGAGGAGAAGGCUCCAGCUCUCCGCCUGAGACAUGGCUCGGCUCUGCUGCUCACUCUGCUCAGCUCCCCCGCCAACUCGAGUUUAACCUCCUGUCAGGAAAACUUCGGAAUGGAAGCGCUCACUUUCCUCGUGCGGCUCCUCGCGCUGUUCGUCGGCGGGAAGCAGUUGGUCAGGGCCAUGCUGAGUGACAUUGGUGACUAUGUAGGUACAGACAUUGAGAUAUCCUGGUUGCCUAAUCUGGAUGACUUAAUGAAAGGCUAUGCUCGAAACUUUCGGCCGGGGAUAGGAGGACCUCCAGUGAAUGUGGCCAUGGCUAUUGAAGUAGCUAGCAUUGACCAUAUCUCAGAAGCCAACAUGGAGUACACCAUGACAGUGUUUCUGCGUCAGAGUUGGCGAGAUGACCGUCUGUCUUACAACCACACGAACAAGACCCUGGGGCUGGACAGUCGUUUUGUAGAUAAACUCUGGCUACCGGACACGUUCAUCGUCAAUGCCAAGUCAGCCUGGUUCCAUGACGUCACUGUGGAGAACAAGCUCAUACGCCUGCAACCUGACGGGGUCAUCCUCUACAGCAGCCGAAUCACAUCAACAGUGGCCUGUGACAUGGACCUUACCAAGUACCCCAUGGAUGAACAGGAAUGUAUGCUGGACCUUGAGAGCUAUGGCUACUCUUCAGAGGACAUUGUUUAUCACUGGUCAGAGAGUCAGAAGUACAUCCAUGGGCUGGACAAACUGGAGCUGUCCCAGUUCACUAUUACGGACUACCGCUUUGUGACUGAGAUGAUGAACUUCAAAUCAGCUGGGCGAUUUCCUCGUCUCAGUUUACGUUUCCAGCUGAGGCGUAACCGAGGAGUUUACAUCAUCCAAUCAUACAUGCCCUCCAUCCUAUUGGUCGCUAUGUCCUGGGUCUCUUUCUGGAUCAGCCAAUCAGCUGUGCCUGCAAGGGUGUCUCUAGGGAUCACCACGGUGCUCACCAUGACAACGCUGAUGGUCAGUGCUCGCUCCUCGUUGCCCCGCGCCUCCGCCAUAAAAGCCCUGGAUGUCUAUUUCUGGAUCUGUUAUGUGUUUGUGUUCGCUGCCCUGAUUGAGUAUGCCUUCGCCCACUACAACGCUGAUUACAGCAAGAAGGAGAAAGCCAAGGUCAAGUCAAACAAGAGUGCGGAGUCCAUGGUAAAGAACGGCAAGCAGGCCAUGGUCCUCUUCUCCCUGUCGGUGACGGGCAUGAACCAGGGUCUCCUGAUCUCCAGACAGAACCGAGGGCAGCGUCCUGCAGAGUCACCAGCGGAGCCGCAGGAAGAGGCGGAGACGCGCAGUGCCCGUGUGCGCCGGGCUGAGCGAGAGAGCAGCCAGGAGAAGAAGUGCUGCAAGUGCAAACCCAUCGACGCCGACACCAUCGACAUCUACGCCCGCGCUGUCUUCCCUUUCACCUUCGCUGUGGUCAACGUCAUCUACUGGGUGGCUUAUACCAUGUGACUUCCGCAAGCUUCAGCACCGACUGCGUGUAUAUAGAUCAGCAAAGCAAAGUGGUGCCAAAACCAUGUGACAAUGGACAUUUUUAUGCCAUUGGAUUACCAGGACGAUCAAACUGUGGGAGUGUUGGAACUGUUGGAUUUGAAUUGACUUUUAAUAUGGAAACCGCUGCUUGUUUCAAGUGGAUGUUCUGCAGUUGGACUGGGUGAUGAGAAGCACACUUUGUCUCAGUUUCUCCGAUUAAUGCUGGAGGAAUAUGUGGAACUGCUUUAUAUUAUGAACUUUGGAACUCGCCUUUGCAUCCUCACUUGGUUUCUCUUUAUGUGUUACUAUUCUUGUGUUAUGUUGCAGUUGCUACUGACCUCAUCUCUGCAACUUCUAACUUUCUUUCAGUCCAGCUGCAGUAGACAUUUCUACUCAUAACUGGGAUGAUGAAAUCAACAGACAACGUUGCAUGACAGCUAUAGUAUGAUUUUGUUAGUAGCCCAUUCCUGUCCCUUCUCUUCUUCUCCCCUUACCUUUGUCUUUAAGUGGGGGUACGUGAUAAGAAUCGGCCAACAUCCGGUUAGCAACUGACCGAUUUAUCUUCAUUUUGGCUGUUCUGUGUUACGAUUUUAAGAGAUGAAUAUUGUGAGCCAGUGCUCCCUCAAUGGAUUAGAACCCUUUAUGCUAUACAGCACUGUGCAAAGUCCCAGACAGCCCUUCAUUUAUUUAAUAAAUAAAUGACAUUCAAUAAUUGAAGGGUGGUCUCUUAGUUUUGCAUAGCACUGUCCUGCAAAAAAUCCAGCUGUUUAAAUAUCUGUGAAUGGUUGAGGAUGAUGUUAACACAGCAGUCUGUAAUCUGUCUGCAGUGAAAAAUAUAUAGAGUUCUAAACAGAAGAGCACAGUUAAACAGUGAUCCUGUUGUAGUUUGAAUGUAAUGGACCCAGAAAACCUUAGGCCUGUAUUCUCUCAGUUAACCAAGCCAUAUAUUAUAAACUUGUAUUAGUGUUACGACCUCACUGAGCCUAAUGCAUGUGAGUAUACAUAAUGUAAUCCUAAGUAGCAUAUUCUAGAUUUAUCAUAAACAAAAUGUAUUUCUACACAAGGUUUGGGGUUCCAAAGUGGCCAGUGGACGUGGAAAUAUCCUAAGCUUUCAAAAACGUGAGUCAGUUUUUUACCUCUGCUGUUAGAGGGCUCCAAGUAAUUAAAUGACAAAAGUGAAGAGAAAAUUGUACAGUGGAUUAUACAAAGACAUUACCUGCUGCAAUAAACUGGAGAGUGAUGAAAAAGACA